AUGUCGGCUGCAGAAGUGUACCCUCCUUGGGGGGUGUUCCCGGCGGAACAAUACCUCAUUCGGCACUGGGACCACUCAUCGGACCUGCCACCGCAGGACCAGCGGCGCAAGCUGAUGCGUGACUACCUCGCGCUGGAGGAGAUCCCUGCGGAGUGGGACAGGACAGGGCGCGAUCAAGGCGGCCGUGAGGAUCAAGCGUUGAGCCGCCAGCCCACCGAAGAGGAUAUCACGACUAUCCUGGAGCCUUGGAGGCCGUCCCGGUGGCGUGGGGCGGCCCUGCGCAUCUGGAAGGACCGCUUCGACGAGGACAUCUGGCUGCGUACGUACUACGGCGAGGACAGCGACGCCGCUUUCGAGGACUGGCGCGAGACCCACGAAGACUCCGAUCCGGCGUUUGACGAGGGUACGACCCCGUGGUGCGUGCUCGACGACGCCGCGGUGUUCGGCCUUGGCGACGGGUGGAACGGGGUCUUGGACGUCCUCCCCGAGCUCGCCGGCCCGACCCAGGGGUACAAGCGGGAUCCGGGGUUCCACAGCGCCGAGGAGGUGCAGCAGCUCAGGGCGACCAUCCAGGCGGCCGAGGACAAGGAGGCGGAGGCCGAGACCGGCGCCGGGAUGGAGCUGCAACUAAAUACUGUCGCCACGUUCCUCAUGGUCGCCGACCAGGAGACGUGGGACACAGGAAAGCUGCGUCUGUUGUAUCUCGACGCACAGGGGAAUAUAGUGCGCCAUUCCAGGAUCAGCCCGGGGGAUGUGUUUAAUACUCGUCAUGAGUGGAUAGGCAAGAAAUUCCGGGAUGGGUACUGGUGGCGCGAGGAGUACGAGCAGUCCGGUCUGGACCCGACAAAGUGGCUGCGAUUCGAGCCUGGCGGAACCCUUGGUGAUCAAUACAGAGCACAUGGAGCUCUUGGUCACGCAUUGUAUGGCAUGCAGUGGUGA